UCCUCGUUCCGUCACCCCCUGACCAAGGGUAAUUGUACUGUAGCUCCUUGUACCAUACUUUAGUUAUUAAGCUUAAAAUACUAGAUACACUCUGUACUGAUAAGUCAACAGCUGAUAGUUAUCUGAUUAAUGGGGGCAUCACAACCGCAAUAAAAUUGUGCUAACCAAACCGAAAUCUAACAGGGUUUUUUUUAUUACACAAACUCGAAUUACUGUGUUCCAUAAUGCUAUAAAUAAAAUAGCAUCUGAAAUAAACCAUCUGUAAAACUUGGAAUCAUUUCAAUUAUGGAAGCGAAUGGCAGUAGUGCUGUGACGCAAAAUCACACAUCAUACACUUUUUUGCACUCACUUGUGGCAGGUGGCGUUGCCGGUGUUGUUGUGGACAUUGCACUCUUCCCCAUUGAUACAAUUAAAACACGCUUACAGAGCGAAUUGGGUUUCAUACGUGCCGGUGGUUUACGUGGUGUUUAUAAAGGAUUAGCUCCGGCUGCUGCUGGCAGCGCACCAACUGCAGCAUUAUUCUUUUGCAGUUAUGAUAGCUUCAAGCGAUAUUUAAGUACGUCAACUGGUGCAAUUAAUUCUCCAUAUAUACAUAUGGUGUCCGCUUCUUGUGCAGAAAUUUUAGCAUGUAUUAUUCGUGUACCCAUAGAAAUCGCCAAACAACGACGACAAACGAUUGGCAAUACACAAAGAACAACUGCUUUGCAAAUACUAUGGCGCGCCUACAAAACGGAGGGCUUACGUCGUGGUCUAUAUCGCGGUUAUGGCACUACAGUGAUGCGUGAAAUACCAUUUAGUUUAAUACAAUUUCCGCUUUGGGAAUACUUUAAACUACAUUGGACUGACGUCACUGGUAUAGAGUCAACACCAUUCACUGUCGCAUUAUGUGGCGCUGUUGCGGGUGGCAUUGCAGCCGGCUUAACUACACCACUUGAUGUUGCCAAAACGCGUAUUAUGCUCGCGGAGCAAGGUACAGCGACGAAGAUGUUGAAUGCCCGCAUUGUGCUGACGACAGUUUACAGGGAAAGAGGUAUAUCGGGAAUCUUUGCAGGUUUCACUCCACGUGUGCUUUGGAUUACUUUAGGCGGUGCAUUCUUCUUUGGAUUCUACGAUCUAACUUUAAGACUUUUAGGUGCUGAUACCGCAUCGGAUAAAGUGAAUGCUUAGCAUUUAAAUGUAGCUAAAUUUCUGUCAGCCGGUAUACUGUUUGUAU